CCUAGCGUAUUGAUAGUGAAGUGUAGCCAAGUGGAACAUUUCAUUGAUACAUUUUUACCAAGGUUUUUUGUUUUUAUCAGGCUUUAGGCUGCAUAACUGAGACUACGCGAUUUGUUUGAUCUGUUAACAUUUUUGAGUGAUUUCAUCAUCUUAAUCACUUGUUAAUUAAAAAAAACAUUUCAAACCCCUUUUGGGCUUACAAUCGUACAAGUUCUGUGUUGCAUCUUGGCAAUUUUUGAAAGUUAAGAUUGUACAGUUGGGCCUACAAAUCAAUUUUGAAGGAUCGCUAGUUUAGAGAGCUAGAUCAAAGCUAACUAAACUACUAAGCUAAUAGUUAAGGUACAGCCUUCAAUGGAUUCAGACAGAAGUCAGGGAAGUGUCUUGGUUUGCAGUCCAAGCUCAAGUUUAAUGAAUCCUGGACUAUGCUUUACUCCAACCACGUCUACUGCAGUUUCCAACUCCAACGGAGAUCCUGGAAGUAUGGAAAAACCAAAAAAGAAGAGGUCCAAGCCCAGGCAAAGGAACAUGAAUAAAGCUGUGAACUGUGACAUAACAACAGGACCAAACUUUAAUGGCAUUCUAGCCAAAGCAGAGAAAGAACUUGCUGAUUUAGUUGAUGAUAUGAAAAGAUGUUCUUUAACACAAGAAAGUCGGAAGCCGAAAAAAUCUAGGAAUAGAAAAAAACAAGUUGGCGACAAAGACACAAAAGAUGCUGAAGCAAGGCCAUGUGAUGAUGUUGGAACAGAAGUUAAGAGACCUUCAAUAGACGUUAAUUUUGGGUUAAACGUCCCGCACAAUGUUCUUAGUCCCUCUUAUGGAAUAGACGUCACAGACAAUGUUCCGAGUUCCAAAAAAGGCCCUAAAACGCCAAAAAAUAGCUAUACGCCUAGAUCACCAAAAUCGAAUGAACAGUUUUUCCAAGACCACAAAAAAUCAGCACGGAAGAAGAAACCUCCCAGCGAAAAUAAGAAGCAAGAUGUUUUUGAAGACUAUUUGUCCCCGAUUGAAAUUGAGGAAGGACUGAGAAACAAAACCAUGAUUACUGGCAGCAUCAGAAUCAACGCCAAAUGCUUCAGAGAUGCAUACGUUUCCGAGGGAGAAGAAAAAGACAUCAUUAUCGAAGGGUUGAAAAACAGGAAUCGAGCGUUAGAAGGAGAUGAAGUUGUUGUUCUUCUGAAUCCACCGGAAAACUGGAAGGUCAAUCCUGAACAGCGUACUGGAAAAGUUGUGCUCAUCAAGGAAGAGUUCCACUCUCGCACGACUGUCGGCAAGCUACAGUCUACCAUUGAACCUAACAGCAGCUACGUGGUGUUUUCGCCCCGAGACUCCAGAGUGCCCAGAAUCAAGAUACCGCUGAGCGACCCCUCGCUCCCCGCAGGCUACAAACACAGCCCAGGGGCGUACACAGACACUAUCUUUACGGCGCAGAUCACGGCGUGGACUAACGUCAACAUUGCAGAAGGAAAAAUCCUCAAGGAGGUUGGUAAAAGUGGAGAUGUAGAAGCGGAAACCAUGGCUAUACUGUUGGAAAACAAUUUGGACCCAACCCCCCACGAUCCGAUACUGAACAUUUUCUUCCCAAGACUGCCGUACACAAUACCAGACGAAGAAAUUGCAAAACGUGAUGACCUCAGGAAAGAGUGCAUUUUCACCAUAGACCCGGCGACAGCUAAGGAUCUUGACGAUGCAGUUUCUGCCAAGAAGCUGGAAAAUGGUAAUUUCGAAGUCGGAGUUCACAUUUCCGAUGUCAGUCACUUUUUACAGCCCAAGACGAUGUUGGACCACAAAGUGAGCAAGAGAGCUACGACUAUAUAUCUAGUCCAGAGGGUUUACCACAUGUUGCCAUUAGAGCUGUGUCAACUGUGUUCGCUCACGUCUGGUGAAGAUAAACUGGCGUUCUCCGUCUUUGUGGAGCUCACUCCGGACGCUCAAGUCGUCACUCACCGGUUCGCUCGCUCAGUUAUCCAUUCUUGCACCAAGUUAGCGUACGAGCACGCUCAGAUGGUGAUUGAUGAUCUAGACAAGACCUUUACGGCUGAAGAUUUUCCGGAAGUGAGCAACGGAUUCACUGCUGAAGACUGUGCAGAAAGGAUCCGUAUUCUGUACAAACUGUCGCAGAUCAUGCGUAAACGCAGAUUUGACUCAGGAGCUCUGCGUAUCGACCAACCUAAGCUGUGUUUUCAUCUAGACGCAGAAACACAAACACCUCUAAGCAGCUUUAUAUAUCAGAAUAAAGAGUCGCAUAGGUUGAUUGAAGAAUUCAUGUUGUUAGCCAACAUGACAGUAGCGGAACACAUAUAUACAGCGUAUCCUGACCUGGCUUUCCUCCGCCAUCACUUACCUCCUAAACUAAACAUGAUGUUGGAACUGCAGAAGAGGUUGGAGACGUAUGGCAUUCACCUGGAUAUAUCUGAUGCCGGGACGCUACACUCGUCCAUGCUGAAGUACGGCUCGCCUGUGGAGGGAGAAGACGAGACGAUCAGCUGGGCGAGGUACAUCGUACUCAAUCAGAUGUGUGCCAAGCCUAUGCUGAGAGCGAACUACUUUUGUCCGUCCAAGGAGAUACCAGAGUUGCACCACUACGCUCUCAACGCUCCGUACUACACACACUUCACCUCGCCGAUUCGUCGCUACGCGGACGUGAUGGUUCACAGACUAUUGGCCGCAUCGCUAGAGCUCACGCCUCCGCCUACUUGGUCUCAUCUGGAUAGUAAGAGAAUCGCCACGAUCUGCAACCGACAGAAGCUGGCGGCCAAGGUGGCUGGUGAUCAGAGCUCCCUGCUGUUUCUGGCCCUGUACCUGCGGGAACCUGUCGAGAGUCUGGCGGCUGUCAUUGACGUCAAGGACAGAUCAGCUGAUGUCAUCGUCAGAGACUUCGGAAUCGUAUUGCGAGUCUACACUGAUCCCCUAAAAGCCGAGGUUGAACAUGUGAGUGAAGCCAACAAGUCCCAAUUGUACAUACGAUGGGAGGGGAUAGAAAAAGUACAACUGAUUCAACUUUUCAGCGUCGUCCGAGUUUUGGUGUCACGAGAUAAAAACGGACUCAAGCUGGCAGCUACUCUACUGCCUUCUGUUUAAAUCUUUGACGAUUUUGAUUAAUCCUAGUAGAUUUGUACAAAUUUCAAAGCUGUAAAUAUCCUAUGGAUGUUUGAAUAAUUAGGUAAAAUACGAUAGGUUAUGGUUUGUUUUUGUUUUCAUAGAGUGAACAUUUAUUUUAAAAAUUAGGGAAGUUUAAGUUUUUGUGUACUUAAAUUUACCAACAUUGUAGAAUGAGGAUAGUAUCAUAUAAUCAUAGACUUAAUAUAAUCAUUUUAUGUUUUCACAACCUCUGGAAUUAGUUUAGUAUAUCUGACAUACUCUUGCCCACUCUAUUAUUUUAUUUUGUAGAUGUGUAAAAAGUCGUAGUUCCACUUGUAAUAGUGUUCUUUUAAGAGUGAUAGUAUUUUUUUUAUGAUGGUGUGUUUUAUUUUAAAUUUCUUAAACCAUAUUUUUUACGACAACUGCUUUCACUUGCUGUGUAACUAAGUAGAUUUGUAAAUAUUAAAAAUUGUAUAUCUUCUCUCUAUAUUUACGAGAUUUUAACUGUAGGUGUGCAUUGUUUUAUUUAGUACAAAGAGACUUUAGUUAUUGCUUCCAAAAGUUUGGAAUUAUGUAGUAGUCACUCAUCUUUACUAAUGUAGUGGGCUAUUUGCAAGUGUUGUAGGCAGUGCUCGAUUUGUGGGGGAACACGGUGGAACAGAGGGUUCCGGUACCUCUCUUUCGGAAAGAUAAAAAUAUUACUACUAACCACAUUAAAUAGGUUACAGUUCCCGCACCUCAUUUUUUACAAAUCGAGCACUUGGCUGUAGGUGUUAAAAUGUAAAGUUUUAAAUUUUCUUCUUUAUUUGCAAAAUAUAGAAUUUUUUUAUUUAUUGAUCCUCACAAACUAGUUAUGGCUUACCCGUUUGAAUGGGCGUUUACCUUGUGUUUUGUAUUUUUCAAUGAAAAAUACAAAACAGCUGCAAUGUAUUAUACUGUAUCUUGCUAGUUUAGGUUUUAAUCAUUGUCAAUUCCAAGGUAAUUUCUGUCAAAAAUUAUUUGAUCAUUUGACUGUAAAUAAUGUAGUGAAAAUGUGCAGUGCAGAUUUUCUUUUGAGAAUUAUAAUUAACUAUAAAGAUAUCUUAGAUUGUACAUUGACAUCCUGUAUAUUAUAAAAGGUUACAAUGUAAUUAUAUGAAGUUUUUUGGUGAAGAUUGUUUUAGGCCUGUGGUUUUUUAAAUGAUUGUGUAGUGGAUAGGUUUAUCAACAAGCUUAUCUUGAUGAGGAAAAUGCAUAUAUAACACAUAAAUGGAUAGAAUUUUCAGAGCUACUGGCUCCUUCAGUAAAAGUUUUGGUUUUCUUAGUUCAUAGUUUUGUGGUUAAAUGAAAACUAAGCCUCUACUACUGAAGGAGCUGGUCGCACUGAAAAUUCUAUGUGUUUAUUUGGUAAGCCUGCUGUUAAACCUAUCCAUAACAAAAUUCAUGAAUUUAUAAAAUACAUGACCAAUGAAUAUGUAACUCCGUGGUACAGUAAUUUUAAGAUUUACAUACGAUUAUGUCUUCUUCUAUUAUAUUCCUCCUUCAUAUCUCAAUAAGGUUGUGGUUUAAGUACUUGUAGAAAAUGCUCAAACUUAUUGUAAAUAUGUAUAAAGUGUAAAACUGUCUUUUUAAACAUUAUUUAUCCAUCAAUGUUGUAAUAUCGGUUAAGUCUUGAAUCUUGCUGGCAUGGAUUGUUUGUUGUAUUUGUGUGAUAUUUGUCAUGAAAUUUAUCUUACUUGGAAUCAUCAAAUCCAUGUAUUGUUUAGUUUAGCUUUUGUUACCACUGAUUUGUAUCAUUGAAAUUCUUCGAUAUUCUUUCUAUCAAUAUAAUUUCCCUACAGUUCUACCUGACAAAGUGAAUUUCCUUACACUGAUUACAGCAUGCAAAGUAGCUAAUUGCUGCAAUUACUUUUGCCGCUCUCCAGUAUUCCAACCAAACAACACGAAACUGUGUGCUUUUAUUAGGCAGGUAAUUUGUGUACGCUUGAAAAUAAGUUGACAACACUAAAGAUACAACUACGAUCAGCUUGUGCAGCACUUCCCCUUUCGCUCAAUGCUUGGAUUCAACUUAACCUAAAAACGUGUUGUAUAGUGUGUUAAAAUUAGUGUUGUUUAAGUGGAACUUUGCUGUACACAAGAGAAAUGUUUAUGGACCAGCCGUAGGCGAGUGUGGAAAGUUUCUCGAGUGCAGCAAAGACAGUUUCCACUCCUGUUAUAGAUAUUUUUCCUACAGAUACUAUAAAGCAUAUAAAUAAUUAGUCUUUCAAACACAGUACAACAAGUUUUUAGGUUAGGUUAAAUCCAAACAUUGAACAAAAUGGGAAACACUGAACAAGCUGUUCAUUGUCGUAAUAUCUUUAAGUGUUAUCAACUUAUUUUCGUAUUACAUGCCUAAUAAAAGCACGCUGUUUUGUGUUGUUUGGUUGGAAUACUGGUGUGCAGGAAAAAAACUGAGGCAAAAGUAAGUAGAGGCAGCAAUUAGCAACUUUCUUUGCUAUAAUCAGUGCAAGGAAGGCCACUUUGUCAGGUGACUGUAGGAAAUAACUAUUAUGAUGUGCUGGAUUGCAUUUAUCUAAAACAGGUGUUAAUAACCAUUAGUGAAAUUCUAAGUAAUUUCAACUAUAUGUUCUUAGCAGAAUGUUCUUGGCAAUAUGGAAGAACAUUGUUUUUACACACCUGGAAUUCAGGGGCACUCCUACAUUGCUAAGGGUAUCUAUUUUAUUAAUUUGGCGAUUCUUUGUUGGGCAGCUACGUUGGCAUUUCGAAAAACCAAAUACUAUAUCUUUACAAACCUGUUAAUCAAUCAUAUCCCCAAAUUUGAAAAAUUUUUUAAGGUUUAUUACAUUUCAAUGUGCUUGUUAUUUAAUUUAAAUAAGUUAAUAAUUAUAUUUAUUGUCUUUGAAACAUCUUUUUUAAAUU